CGGAUAGAAUCUUUCAGAUCUUUGCCGUUGCAUGUCGCAAGGCUUUGACCACGUAUGCGCCAUCUUCCAAUGCCUACUCUACUGAGUCUAGACUACAACAUAAUAACAGCUUUGAUCAAGGCCACAGCACUGCCAAAGCCCACGUCUUCCAAGCUCGAAGCUUCCACAGUAAAUAAGAUUCCACUGAUUAUCAGUCCACCAUGAUGAUGCGAAUGUUCUCGAUAGCAGUUACUCUGCUGUUCUUUUCCCUCUCCCCCACUUGUGAUGCUUCCAAACAGCAAAUUGGCGCUCUGAAGGAUGCUCAAGAUUCUUUGGCUUCAGUGACAGAAUGGUUCUCGCAAUUGGAUUUCGUGGGCGAUGAAUCGGAUGGAAUCCGAGAUCGUUAUCUGCAAUCAGAUCCUGUUACCAAUCCCGGAGCCGGUCGUGGUGGUGCCACACAAGGAGCAGCUGAAACCGAUGAUGCUGCCGCCGAGGAUGAAACCGCCGCCACCGACGAUGACGACAGCACAGUGCUCCACGACGACGCCUAUUACGCCAAUAAGACAUCCAUUAUUCCACCAGAGCCUGAACAACCUAGCAGUUGGCCAGCAACCGUUGUGGUCAUCUUUCUCGUCUUGGCGGCUGUGUUGUUGGGGAAGACCGCCUACACCAAUUGCAGGAAGAGAUCGCAAUAUGAAGAUGUUCCAACAACAACCAGCUUGAUUGUAUAGUAGAAACAGCUGACACGAACAAGUCGAUUUGAUUCUGGCGCAAAAUAUGCAAUUAGCUACCGUAGCAGGAUGGGAGAAAGUUUCGUGGGACAUGCGGAGAUACUUGGAAAUCCUGCAGUCAACUGUGGAAAGUGUGGACCAUGAGGAGGGCUUUCUUCUUGCCUGCAUAAAUAGUUGUGUGCAUGUAUAACAGCUAGUUUCAAAUCCACUUUUGAACAC